AUAACUAAAGUAUUGGGAAAACACACGAAAGCACUGAACGUAAACACAAAACACGAAAGCAUUUAAUUAAUGAAUGAAUGACUGAUUUCUAACACAUUUUCAUCAAAUUGUGACACAUUUGUGGUCAUCGAUGUCUGAUAUAGUCAUCUACUUGUCUUUGGCUGUGUCUCUACUCGUAGUCGUGCUGUUAGUGUUAACUCUUUUAAGGGCCAGACGAGGAACCGAUGCAAACGAGGCCAACGAUGACGAGGCUAUUGCUGAACGACGUCGAAGACUAUUAAGACCAACAAAUGAUGGACAAAAUGACGGACCAGUCAGGAGAAGACAACGACAGAAUAGAGUUCCACUCAGAACAGACACUAAUGAUGAAGAACUUGAAGACGAAGACUUCGACAGUGAACUUCCUGUCGAUAAAAAGAUAGGAAAGAAAAAGAGGUUGAAAAUGGAAGCAAAGGAAGAAAAGAGACAUCAAAGAGAAAGAGAUUUACAGGAAAGAGAAGAGAGAAAAGAAAGACAGAAACAGAUGGACGAAAUGAGACUUAAAGAAGAACAAAAAGUUAAAGAAGAAGAAGCAAAACUGUUAGAAGCGGAGCGUUCGGCUAAAGAAGAAAAAGAAAAACAAGAAUUAGAAGAAUAUCUUAAACUUAAAGAAAGUUUUGCCGUUGAAGAAGAGGGCUUUGAUGAGGACGUAGAUGAAAGUGAAUCGCAAAAUAAAUUGCAGACAUUUAUUGAAUACAUUAAAAAUCAGAAAGUGGUUCUCAUGGAAGAACUGGCCGGACAUUUCCAUAUGAAGAUACAAGACGUCAUACAGAGAGUACAGGAUCUGUUGGCACAGGAGCUUAUAGUUGGUGUCAUUGACGACAGGGGAAAGUUUAUAUACAUAACCAAAGAGGAGUUGCAAUCAGUGGCUAAGUUUGUGCGACAAAGAGGUCGCGUAUCGAUUGCAGAACUCGUCGAAAGCAGCAAUUCUUUGAUUAAUUUACAGCCAAAUCAAGAGACAAGUGUUGCCUUUUCUUGACUGUCAUUACUGCCCUUAAACUCCAUAUCUAACCAAUUGUUUGUAUUUAUGA